AUGCUUAAUAAAAUUGCCAAAGACUGGGUGGUUGACCUAGGCCUAAAACGAGUAUACUCGCAUUAUUAUAUAAAUACCUCGUGUCUUAUCUUCAGGGCAUCUUCUGUACUGACAGUAUUCCUUGUGAACCAAGCUCUGUUCUUGUUCAGGGCUCAACAAGUCUAGGAGCUAGCUUCAAAAAUAGCGACAUUGAUGCCGUAUUAGUGACCCCAAACUUCAUCCAUCGCGAGGACUUCUUUGGGUCAUUUGUUAAUGUCUUGAAGCAACACCAAAGCAUUAAGGAAAUACUUCCCAUCCCUUAUGCGUUUGUCCCGCUCAUAAAAAUGAAGGUUGAAGAAACCUGCGUAAGUAUAUCCAUUUGCCCGCAAGAAAUUACUUUUUGCAAUUUCUUUGCUGUUCUUCCGUAAAUGUAUAAAGUCAUUUGUUACGUUUUACAGCUAAUUGAUUUUAAAAUGCACGAACAGAUUUUGCCACUUAUUUAAGCCAAACUCCCUUGCUGGCCGUCUCAUUUCCCCGAAAGUGUCCUUCACACAUUUUUGUAGCCGAUCAUGUAAUUAUGAAAGCUUUUAGUUGACCUUCCGACCGAGUCGAAGCCGUUAUGACCUCUUUUAAUGUUCGUAUCUUUCUCUCUUACAACGUUCUCCGAGUGAGUUUGCAAAACGUACAUUUGAGGGUCUUUGUCUGCGCUUUACAACCUGACUCGGCUAAGGAUUUUCGAAGUCGAGUUUAUCAUUAAAAGGUCUUAUGGGAAAUCUGAGGUCACUUUAAAUUUAUCCGUUUUCUUAAUCUCUCAAGCAUAGGGUUGUCCAAUAAAGUUUUUUUUAAAAUCGACUGGAUUUUUUGUACUAUGUUCUCUCUUUUAUUACCGAUUCCUAUAAUUCGGAGUUUUUAAUUUAACUAUUGCCACACAUACUUAUCUUACUAUCGAUUCGUGCAAUUGGAAGUAGGGUAGAAUAUUACAUAUUUUAUUUCUCAUUAGUAUGAUUCAGCCUGUCUGGCGCUCAAGCAUUUCGCUCGUUACCUGUAAUCCUAUUUGUUACACAAAUGCACAUUCAUUCCCAUUUGCGAAUGAAGAAUAUCUCUGUACUAACUUUUCUUUUUCAGGUGGACUUGAUACUUAGCCGUCUAAAUUUACCAUACGUCCCCUGCCCAUUAAUGUUCAGUGAAAAGCCGGAGAUUUUCUACAGCAAUGUUGACCAGUAUUCUGUUCAUGGACUCUCUGGACUUCAUUUAGCACAAAAGUUCCACGACUUAGUCCCUGAUUUCUCAUUAUUUACUGACCUUCUUAAAGUGGUAAAAACAUGGGCAUCUAGAAGACUCAUCAAGGACUAUGUCUACGGCUUCCCUGCCAGUGUUGCUUGGGCCGUAUUAUGCGCCUACAUUUGCAUCCACACUGGCUUUCAAGUUAGUGUUCAUUUUAUCGGCUUUUGUUUUCAUUUCCUUUUAUUCUUAUUGUGGCAUCUACAGCUUCAAUUAAUACUCACAAAGCCCGAAAUCUACUACUUUUGACGAAUCGAUCAAAUUUCUACCUGACCUAGUCGCCCUAAAAUCAUGUUUUUUUUUAUUGACUGUUAGAUUUUCCACAUAGCUGCUUUAUGAACUUGACGUAUUGCAUUUCCUGCUCUCGUAAUGCAUAGUAAACUAACUAGAAUGACGAACAAUGGAAAGCAUUUCAGCGGCUUAUCAGAGUAAGGUGCACUUUUGUCAAGUCUUCAUAUAUUUGUCAUACCUCUCUGAAUCCUGGCAUUUUCAGACUUGAAAACAUAGUCCAAAAUGGGAUUUUUGUAUUAAGAUUGUUAAACUGUUAGUAAAACCUCAUAGACACUUCUGAAUGUCAAGAACUUUUACUGCUAGUACACGUAACUACCUAAGUUAACAUUCUUAAGGUCUCAAAAUGCCAGUUAACUCUGGAAACCAAGGAUUUUAGCCUGCGGGCAUUGCUUAUCGAAUUCUUGAAAUCCGGCCUUUCCUUUGGACCAUAAAUAUACUUGUAUUUGGGAAAGUCUGAUUUAAAACAACCCUAUACCUCGAAUUACACGUUAUCUUGCCUUGAGUAUGUAUCACCCACUAUUUUAUUCCCCUGUUGUUAACUUUUGCCAUCUAGACAUCACUUUCGAAUUCAUAUCUGGGCCUAUUGGAUCAAACAAUUUUGUUGGCUGAGCUGAUUGACCUGCAGUCCGGUGUCCCUUCACGAUCCGUAGACAGCGAAAACUUCAUUAGGCCUCCAAAGCGCAAGGCUGAUGCAACCCUCACAAGUCUGGUGCAAAUAUUUUUCACAUACUUCUCUCAUUGGUUAUGGCCAUGCCCGGUUAUCUUAUCGCCUGUCGUUUCUGUCCCCGAAUUACGCCUCUAUUCGUGGCAGUCCAGGGUGAGUUCAAAUACCUUCUUCUUUUAUAGCGAGUGCCCCCCGUCGCGCACCCCUUUUCUGGCGUUUUUUAUCGUUAGCUUUUCAUUUACCCUUUGUAAACUCGGCGAUGCAUUCGCAGCUGCCAGCAAGAUGGGAAGGCCCACUAUGUCACAUUUAGUUUGGCGUUUUCUAGGCGAAACAGAGGUUUUAAUUUAGCGGCAGCUCACCAAAUUUUCCGCCCAACUUCGUUCACUAGUCGUUGUUAUGCAUUUUAUGCGACUUUUGGCCCUGAUUGACCACUCUUCAAUUAGCCAAAGCGCUCAGUUCACACGUACUCUGAACAUCAGUGCGAGUAGAGGAGAGAGGUUCCUUUCUGGUUGGUGGUCAUGUCUUUAGUUCUUUUGUAUUGGUAUCCGUUGCUGGGAUCUCUCAUGCUUCUGUGUGCAUGUGUCCCUUCGAUUCUCGGGCUAGUCCUCCACACUUCCUAAUCCAUUUUCGAAUUAUGUCGCAGGGCGCUAUGUAAUGUAAGGGAGGUCUAUUUUCAGGUCUCCAGGACCUCAGAACAUAAAUUGGUUCGGGCCAACUCAAGCGUUACCUCUGUCUCGUGGCUGGUUAAUGAUUUACGAAUUUUCUCUAUCUCAGUUUUCUCGGUUUCUAGACAUAUCACUAAACUUCGACCCCUUUGGGCGCCCUAUUUAAGGUUCUGACUGCCAACUUUUCAAUGCAGAUUUUCUCUCCUGCGUUGUCUCAGUGAACUCCUUACUCGUGUCAAUCUGUCUCUUAAAUAACUGAUCGCUCUUUUGGAUUGCAGCUUGUGGUAGUUUUUUUUCUUCCUUUAGAACGCGCCCCUCAAGAACCACGAAUUCAUGCCGAUAAUAACGCCGGUCUUCCCACACAAGAAUGCAGCAUAUACUGUGCGCCCCUCAACACGCGAUAUCGUCGUCAAGGAACUCAGGCGAGGUUGGUGAGACGCGUUGCUUAUUUUGGGCUUUUCUACACAACUUGUCUUAAAUUCAUCAUUCAAAGUUCGCCCUCACUCAUUUCGCCAACUUUCUUUUAUUGACCCGAGAGGUGUUUUAUUUGCGAACAUAGACACACAUUCAUUUCGGAUAACAGAGAGAUGACAAUUAAGCCUUUUUUUACUUAGCUGUAUUUGCGAUAAACAGUACUGAUUUCACUGGCUCUGAGAUCUUCUAGACGGUGAUCGUCAAGCUUGACUAAAGGUCAAUCGACGAGUCCGAUGAAAACUGACUCUUUGACGGGCCUUCUAGUCAGUUGUUUUGAAGUACUGUCUUCGGAAGUUUUACUGAGUUCAUUGAAACUGAAUCGGAGAUGUUCGCCCGGAGUUGGUAACAACAGUAGUCUAUCCCUGUUUUGAUUCCAAGGUAUCGCAGACAAGUCGUUUAGUGAGUGUGUCUAGGUCGCCGAGGAUGGUCUAUCCACUUUUCCUGUCCGUUGUGGCCGGUCAGAGGCGAAGCACGCAUGCCGUCUGAAGUGAGAUAUCUCACCAGGAAAAACCAUUCUCUUAGGCGUCACUGUAGAUGAGACACUGAAGACAUCCAUGAAAUAUUGACAUAAAUCCGUGCAUGGGAUUUCGGAUAAUAAAAGAGUGCAAGUAAAAAAGGAGAACGGUACUAGUAAAUACGGGACAUUUUCAAGUCCAUUCAAAUAUAGCGGCAUGCUGGCUUCCAAUCGAAAAGUGUCCCAGCUAUCCCUUUACUUGAUCCAUGUUUUACUUUUUGUGUUUACAUAACGCAUUGUUUUCCUUGUAAGUUAGGUAUUACUUCGCGUUUUUACAAGCUUUUUGUAAAAAAUAUUGCCUUUCUAAAACCAAAUAUUUUGAAGCACCAAGAUCUCACUCUUAAAAAGUGCCCAAUUUCCAGACCUCAAGAUGUCCUUAAUUGUGCAUGUACUCUAAUAUCAGUCUUUUUUUCUGAACCUCGGUUCUAACCAUUUCCUUCCCUAAGCAGGCAUCACAUAGCCUGGAAUCUUAAAAUCAAAAUGCAGGCUGUAGUUUGAGGGAUCCAUGGGGUACUGAACUUCUUUAGGGUCGAACUAUUUUCUACUCACAACACCUUGUUUAAAUGGAAUGAAAUUUCCUAAGGAGAUUUGUAGAAAGCCUAGUACGUUUUCCCCAAAACAGAUGAUCAUAUUUAUAUGUGCAUCGAAAAAAACCACAGAAAGGCACUCAUUCCAGCAACGUCCUCUUUUGAAAAGGACAAAGAAGAACCAGGCAAAUCGUCGACCUAACGGCUUCAUUCUAAGAAAGCUUACUACUGCUGACAAGCCGCCGUGCAUGAAUUACCUGGAGACAGUAUUCCACUCUUACUACUCUUUAAAUCCGAAGUAAGGGAUAGACUUUCCUAUUUUGGGGUCCGUACGACUGUCCAGCCGGUCGUUAUAGUGGUGGCUGGCGCACUGCACGCAUCAUUUAUCGUGCCUUCAGUCAGUAUCAGUUAGUAUAUUUGGAAUAAACGACAGAAGCCCUGAAAACUCCAUUUAAACGGUACAGGUGUGAGGGAAAAUAAUUGAAUUGCAAAAAUUCUACAUGUAGUUUUAGUGUGCAGAAUGCAAAAGUCUAACAGUGUCACAUAAUUGCGAAAAGGUACGGCAUUUGCGAAAUAACUGCGAGAAAAUUGUUCACUGCAUUCGCACUGAAAAUUUUCCUAUGGGUCAAUUUUGAUGCACAAAAAAGGAUCUAUUGAAAUCAUGUUAGUAGCAUGUCAAUAUUCAAUUCAGUAAUCUGCCAGAUUGGGCUUCGGCAGUGUGGGUUGCCUUUUAGCAGGUGAUUAUCCAGUUGUCUAUUGAACACACUCACGGUAGGGGAAUCAACUACAUACGUCGGUUAAGAAUUCCAUUGGCGAAUGACCCUCUGUGGGAAAGAGGAGGAACGUUGAUUUGUGUGGCACAGUUCGUGUCGUCUGAGAUUAGACUUUGGUGCCAUUUUAAAAAGCGUUUCCCAGUCGACAUCCAGAUCAAGUCCUCUUAGCAACUGAAACGUUUCUAUGAGGUCACCUCUGUCCUGCCUGCAGUGGAGGGGAUAGAGUUUCAAGGCCGUCAGGCGCUGCUCGUACGUAAAAUCUUUGAGUUCAUGAACGGCCUUUGUAACACGUCGCCAUACACCUUUAGGAAUAUCUAUAUUCUUCUGAAGCCACGGUCGCCAAGUCUGUACCGCAUAUUCCAGGUGCUGCCGCACAAGUGCCCCAUAUACCUUUCCAAAGAUAUCUGCAUUCAAGUUAAUAAGCGUUCUUCGUAUCGCGCUAAUGACUGCCACUGCCCGCGCUGCGACCCUAGAACACUGCGUGAUGACGUUUAGAUCGUCCUUAAUGAAUACGCGGAGAUCUUUUUGCAUCUAUACGGUUUAAAGUGAUUGAUUGUCUAGAAGAUACUGUCGUGAGGGUGCAUUUGUUCUCCACCUUGGUGAUACCGUGUGCAUUACUACGCAUUAUUUGACGUUGAAUUUCAUGCACAAUUUCUCGCUCCAUGUGCGCAAAUCCUCUGCGUCCUCUUGUAGUAUCUUGACGUCGUCCUUUUCUUUUAUCGCUCUCCAAAGUUUAAGAUUAUCUGCAAAGAGCGCUUUGUCCGAUUGCAUUUCCCGUACUAGAUUAUUUACAUAGAUAGUGAAUGGGAACCCCUAAGAACUGACCCUUGUUUCACUCCACUUUUAACAGGUGUCCAUUCUGAACAGUAGCCACCCGCGGCAACUUUUUGUCUACGACCGUUUAGGAAAUCUUGAAUCCAGUUCAGGAGAUUUCAUCUUAUCCCUACGCCUGACAACUUUUUAACGAGGCACCUAUGUGGAACGCAAUCAAACGCCUUGCUGAAGUCAAAGUAAAUGCGCUAGGUUAGGGCAUGAUACGCAUUAUUGGGGCUGCGCGCCCGCGGCAAACGGGAGGGGGUCUGUUGGGACGCCAAGGCGCGGGCUUACGCUGUGCCAGCCGCCUGCGCCUAAUUCUGCCUCCGGUCUUUUGACUCUAUCUUGGCACCGUGGUCAGGGGGGAGUGUGGUAGAUGCGGAGCAAGUCCGCCAUCAGUAUAAAGUAACUCGCGCAGGUCACCGUCUCUGCGCCCACUCUGCUGUGGGGCGCAGGAUGGACGUCGUCGGCUACGACGGUCGAACUAUCACUCCUUGUCGAAAAUUCCCUCUACGCAGGGGCCUAAUCCACAGCCAGUCGUCAGUGCUGUCGCCCAGGUAGUUUUAUCUGCUACUUUUCUCGCUUGAUUGUCUUACACCAGACAUGGUAAACGAUCACCACUUGUACACUUACUUAAAAGUUUCAGGAUUAGGGACCCGUACAUUCAAUUUUUGUCAAUGACCAUCUGCCGCAAACAUGUUUGCAUAGAGUGUGGGUUUUUCGGGAUGCUAACUGACACUGCAUAGAAGUCUUACGCACGUGUUUAACCACCUCUAGCCCAUAACCUGGUCAAGAAGAUUAUUCGCGGCGAAACCAAGUGGGCCGAGCUUUUUGAAGUCUACGAUCUGCGUCAAGAUCAUAGGUGAGUUGGCGUUUUCUGUAUUCGCUCAACACCCUUAAAUUCCCGCCGCUGGGUUCCAGGCACUUCCUAAAGCUCGAACUUGCCGCGGACGACUACCAGGAGUUAGUACGCCUGGGAGGUCUGAUCGAUUCCAGACUGCGCGAUCUGGCGAGUUUCCUCGAGGAGAACGACCACAUCCGUUCUGUACGCAUAUGCAAAGUUAAGGACAGGUGAGCGUUUAAUCUGUUCAAUGCAAAUGGGAAUUCACACCUCCCCCUGAUCGUGGGUGUUCUAAUCCGACUCGACCCUUCCCCUCUUAAGACAAACUGUUGGAAGCCCGACUCAUUGGAGCCCUGGCACUGCACCGUCCUCUGCCUCGCCAUCCACAACCGCCGGAAGCUUCUGCAGGGCAUGGCUUCUCGGCAUGGACAUCAUACCAGCACCUAACAGCGUAGAUGGUACCCGGCCGAAACGCGAAGUAGACAUAACGGCCUACUUAGCAAACUUCUACAACAUUUUGCACGAACGCGAUGCCCAAACAAACUUCCUUGAGAAACUAUUGGUUUCCUAUCUCACCUGGUGAGUCACUUUUAUGUGCAUGAAGAAAACUGGCCCAUUUAAGGUUGGCUUUCCGUUAUACAGAGCUGGGUACUUAAUGGGCCUUUGUGCCCUACCUUAAUGCUGAAUCUGUUCCGGUCUGUCUCUGGAUAGAAAAUAGAGCCGUCGCUUUUUGAACUGAAGUGAGCCGGUCUAGACUUAUCGGCUUGAAAACUUUGACCAGCAGGGUGAACUUUCAACCAGUUAUUCAUUUUGGACUUUUACUUUGAGGGGAGCAUUCACAUCACAAUUCGUCAUGUCGAAAUUCUGUAGUUUAUUUCGGUCCCUAGGAUGGUGCUUCUCGGCGAUCGCUGUUGACCGUAGUCGUGGGUUCGACACCUUCGACAAUUGGCACCGAUUGAUACACGGGAGAAUGAAAGGGCGCAGACCUGACUGCACUUCCGCCUCACUAGUGGUUUUAGUGCGUUUUCGUCGACAAAGUGGGAGUAUAUAAGUAGCAUAACUUAGUGCCUUUAGUAUCCUUUAGAAAGUAAUCGCUACCUUGGAGUAUACUGAUCGGAAUUAAGCCUUAUAGGCUCAGCUCGAAAGUUUAUAUGAAUAUGGGAGUCGAGAUCCGUCAGCUUCACCGGGAUAACUGCGUAACAUUCAUUAACUGCUAACAGGCUACCAGUAGCAUAAACAUGCCGCACGACCUCUACCAUACUGACAUCGCAGGUACAAGAUUCAUGUAUCCUGACUUGGUAGGCGUUUGACAUCGUGCAUAUAACGAUGGUUAAAUAGUUGCCGUAAAUCAUCCCGGCGGUCGCCCAUGAGCAUUGUGGGGAACACGAGUGUGUAACUCUGCCGCAGUCCAUUUCCCGCCGCGAAGACUUCAGAGGCUAACCCAUCGGCAUUUUUUAGAGUCCGUCUCGGUUGUCAUGAGGUGGAAAAAGGUGGCGUAGAGGAUGGCCAUUAUUUAAGUGCAUUCUUCCUGAAAUUUCCGUGCAGCGAAUUCAUACUACUUAUUCCACAAUGCCUUCGGAAACGUAACUGAUAGUCUGGAUGAAGUCUUUGCUUCAGACAACUGAGUAUAACAAGAGCUGUGUCCUUUGAGGUUCAUCAGGUUUGUCCUUGUCACUUCUCCCGCAAUCGUGAAGUAACCUUGUGGAAAAGUUUGAGUUCACCAUACUUGUGGACUUUCCCCUCAAACAUAAUCGGUGUCCAGCGUUUUUCCACUGGUCUUCUGCUGCACUGUUUUAAUUGUCUACUGCGAUGGAGGCCAGCACUGCUCUCCGUUUGGGAGGGGCCAAAUGUGCCCUUCUUGUAGAUUUUGGAUGGACAGUUGAGAACGCGCUUCGAGUGCUUGGCCCAGCCCUCCAGGAUCUGCCGUAUCGCCGUCAAUAAGGUCAUUCCAUUUGAGCUAAACAGGGUCUAGUUUCGGCGCGUUAGAGGCAGCGAGGGAAUUGUUUCGCUUCGUUCAACGUAUCGUUCGCUUAAUUUGUCUCGCGAACCAGCCGGUUGUUUUGAUCUCCUGUAUUCUCUUUUGCAGUUACCAACGACAUUGAAGAAGCAUGCAUUUGUUUUGGGCCGUGCUGUUUAUGUAGGCCCUGCAAAGUGUUUUUAAAGAAGUCAGUUUCUGAACUUCCCCAUCUUUGCCAUUGGACCUGUCCUCAUGUCCCCGGUUUACUGAUCCGACACUUUCAGUGUUCUGAAUGGCGUCUUGUGGCCCUUUCUAACUUAUCAAGAACGUCUUUAUCCUUCAGAGUUCGUAUGUAGCUCAGACUAGCGUUCAUUUCACCCGGAGGGUUCCCUUUAGUGCUUUCUUCUUUCGGAUCUGUCUCCAUGGUUAAGUUUUUAGCCUUAUUUUGAAACGGAUUGCCAAUUGUCAUUUCCUUAUUCGUUUUCGCGCUCCGCCUUUGCCACGAACACGUCUCGGCAACCUCUAAUCCUGACAGAUGCUCAGUCCGGAAGUCACCACUGACGCAAUCAAGGCACAUGUGUCCUGUCGCCUUUUUGCGAUCGAGAUGCACUAGAUUUGUUACCCCACGAAAUGUUAACCGAAGUUCUGAAAUGUGUUUUUGACUCGAAAAAGACUACUUGCGUAGAGUUGUAGUGCCAACUGUCGUGUAGCAUAAUCCUAAAAAAAAUUCAGUCACGUCAAAAUGCCGGCCUUUGAAUGCUCUUCUUGCACAGAGGGUAUCUUCCGGUUUUUAAUGACUUUUUCAAUUUUCGAAUGAUUUUUUUGUCCCACCUUCCGUUGCACUUGCAUUAAGGGUUUCCAAACUACAUACUCUAUACAUUCCGUCGAAGGAACAUAACACUUUCUACAUGCUGUUACUAAGACGUCAUAUGAGACUGGCAAAAUUGCACAGUGGAUGUGGACAAUGUUGUAUGCUUUAUAAGAAACAUUAACGAACGUACUCAUACGAUGCUGUGUGGAUUGGCAUUUCAUGGCCUUAAAAAAUCUCAUCAUUGGAGACUUUUUUGAAACCGAAACGCACUUUCUUAAAGUAGGACUUUAAAGAAGACGUAAUUUUCCACCGAAUGGGUACAAUAAGGAAUUUUUAAUGCAUCUUUUCUGUAUAAUAUAUUUGAGUUUGUAAUGGGCAUCAAAGGUCGAUAAAAAAAAAUGCAUACUCCAUUGGUAGUCAUUUUUACGGGGACGUUUUGCAGUCGUCGUCCAAGACUCGUCAGUUUUGGUGGUACGGCGAAGUGCAAAAUACCGUCCUGGAAGGGACUCGAACCCUCAAUCUUCGGCUCCGGAGGCCGACGCCUUAUCCAUUAGGCCACCAGGACGACGCCUCAGCGUCCUCAAAAAUGUGUAAUGGUAUAAACUUGAAAUGAACCAAUGGCUAGGCGUGCUCGCGCGUGAAAAAUCUCUAAUUUUCGUUUGCAAAAAAGAUUUACAAUCUCCAAGUUAAAAUGACGUACAGUGAAUGUCCUAUCUCAUGAAAUGUUGGCCGAAAUUCUGAAAUGCGUUUUUGAUUUGGAAGGAUUACUUAGGUGGCCUUGUAAUAUAGAUUAUCUCGCGGCCUAAUGCUACCAUAUUUCGGACUCGUCAGGAUGUCGGCUUUUGAAUGCACUUCUUUUCGAGCUCCUGCAGAAAUUGCACCCGACAAAAAAUUACUACUUAAGUAACAUGAAUUUUUAUCAUUGAUUUUCAAUGGUCAUAUAAAUUCCAAUAUAUAUAUUGGAAUACUUUACAGAAAACAUGCACGAAAAAUGCUUCCUUCUGCUCAUUUGGCAGGAAAUCACGUCGCCUUAACAUUUUACGCUUAAAGACGGGUUAUAUUUGGGUUUUAAAAAGUUUUUACUUAUGCGAUUUGUAAGAUCGUGCAAUAUCCUUUCAUACAGCAUCGUGCCAGUCUGUUUACCAAUGCUCCUCAUGAAAUAUAUAACAUAGUCCGCACCCAUUGUAAAAUUUCAUGAAUAAUAAAUUGUAUCUUCUUAAAGUCACAGAGGAAUAGGUGAUUUUUCUUACGCGGAAAGCAUGUGCCUUUUGGACUGAAAUGGCUAAACGCUUAUGCAACGGCUGAUCUGGCUUAAAAUUAUUCGGGAAUCGGAAAACUUUUUUAAAACCUAAAUAUAACCCGUCUGUUAGUGUAAAAUGUUAAGGCGUCGUGAUUCCCUACCAAAUGAGUGGAAGAAAGCAUUUUUCGUGCAUGUUUUCUGUAAAGUAUGUUUGAAUUUAUAUGACCAUCGAAAAUCAGUGAGAAAAACUCAUGUUACUUAAGUAGUAAUUUUUUGUCGAGUGUAACUUCUGCAGGAGGUCGAAAAGAAGUGCAUUCAAAAGCCAGCAUCCUGACGAGUCCGAAAUAUGGUAGCAUUAGGCCGCGAGAUAAUCUAUAUUACAAUCCCACCCAAGUAAUCCUUCCAAAUCGAAGACGCAUUUCAGAAUUUCGGCCAACAUUUCAUGAGAUCGGUCAAUCACUGUACGUGUGUGGUCAGGGACGGCUUCAGCCGCCUGGCGUUCGAGAGCAUGGGCCUCUAGCUCUGCAUAAUACCUUAACAAACGAGGAUUCGCAACUGUCUCAGCAUCAUAUGGCAUCAUCAAAUUCCCAUCAACCGCUUUGGCAGCCUCAACUUGCGUCUCAUCAGCUAUAGCAAUAAUACCAAACGAAUAAGCAUGUCGCCAGUUGCAACAAUGUUUUAUAACCCCCGGAAAUAAAUUGUUGGCAACAGAAGCUUCUGUUCUUAGUAAUUUAUUUCUGUACGGUUGAUGAUGACAGUAUCCGCCCAAGCAAUACAGUCUGCAGAUGCGAAAUAACCUAACAAUGACGUUGGCGGGCCAAGACUCCCACUGCCACCGGCCACUGGGUUACCAGUGGACGACUAUCGCUCUGAACAGUUCGCUCGAGAACGUUUGCUACCGCCAAACAGCAGAUGCACUUCUGCAUCUAUUUCUCUUGACAUUUGCUCGAUCUUCUUCACAUACCGCCUAAUAGUGCGUUUACAUUCGUACCUAAACAGUUCAAACAUAAAAACAGAUGGGUUAGUGAAUCAAAUAAGGGUAUAGCAGGGAGAAACGGAGAGCACUUGAUAGCACACGCCGCACGCAAUAAUGGCGACAAGCAUGCGGCGUGGGAUCCUUGAUAACUCAAGCGCACCAGCCAAGGAUUGUGAGAAAUCGAUAAACUCGCCGUCCAAUCAGGUGACGAGAUAGCCCAAUCGCGAGAUUUCCGCGACAAAGUGCAUCAGGUAGCUACUCAAUGCUACUAGGGGGAUCACAUAUAGACAGUUAUAAAUGCUGAUGUUUAAGAUAUAAUUGAAAGGUUGUGUAGGAAAGAUUUCUGAGUAAACAUGUACUUCUUCAGAGUACUUAUGUCAUUUUUACAGAGCACUUUUGCAGUCGGCCGAAAAGGAGCAUAUUCAACAGCCGGAAUCCUGGCGUGACUAAAAUAUCUUAGGAUUAUGCUGCACGACAAUUAAUAUUACAACCCUACUUAAACAAUCUUUUCGAAUCGAAAGUAUAUUAGAGAAUUUCGGUCAAGAUUUCGUGAAAUAGUAUUUCUACUGCAUAUAGGCAGAAGGUUAUUUUGGACGCAUGUUCUCAACAACUGGAGCUUCUUUGGUGUUGCAAAGGCCUACUCAGCGACUGUCGGACAGUCCCUCCCAGAUGGCAUAAUCACUGCCUGCUGGGAAGUUGAAACCACCGUUACAAUCAUUUUGCCCAUCUUCUGCAUGGGCACAAGGAGAGCAUUCAGAACUGUGUAUCCGCGUCGUCACCGCCUGUUAUUGAAUGGGUAAAGGUACCGGCAAUGGUGGCAAAUGUAUCUCCGAGGUGUGGGGGCCUCAUUUGGAUGAGAUGACUGCAGAUUCCACGGUAGGACAGAGGGUAACCUCCUAAUAAGUUUGUUUCAGAUUAUGAAGUCAACUCUAGCAUUUCGGUACUGUUGCUCGAGGCGACCAAUUCAGAAAGUAUGGCUUGCAUCGACCCAAUUGAGUUGUUUUUGUUCCGAGAAACGAGUCUUGUUGAGUGCGACAAUGUUCGCAAUGUGACGGGUUAGGUCUGGGAUGGCCACGGCGGUCCUCCCAUCUGGCUAUUUAACCACUGGGUUGUCCAGAGGAGAGCUGACGGUCUAGGUUGCAAGAGGGAUCACGGUCACUCUGGUGGAGAGAGGUAUAGGAAUGGAUGAGGAUGGUGGUUUUCUGCUUCAUAUUGUAUUCCGACCACGCAUUUACCAUCCGCGAGCCACGAUCAGCUCACAGACUGCAUGCACAUCAUCAUCUUUAUUGCACAUAUCCGGUUCAUUUUCCGUAAUAAUGUGGGAAUGCCCCUCUGGAAGGAACUUCUGAGAUAUCCAUGUCGGCUGCCGAGAUCCAUUUUAGUUCUCAACUUAUGUAAAUCGCCUGCGGGAUCGCAUGCCGCCCCUUUUGCAGGACGCCGAUAGUUGUGGAUGGGGCCUUUGGCCGACUGGGCAUGGAGCCUCUGUUUCGCAUGUCGCAAGACGGCUGGUUCAUAUUUACUGUCUAAACGAGACAUCUCACACAUAAUUUUGCCGCUCCAAUUAAACCACAUCAGCUACCCCCAUGAAGUAUAACUCACCUGUCGAAGUAGCUAUCGGAGUAUGGCCACUGCGCGUAGCACGGCUUUGUUGGGCCACAUGUGCUAGUUCGGCAUCAGUGAAGGACCACGGGGAGAAAUUACCGCGUGCAUUGUGGCAUGCGCUGCAGCUGUCCUUCUCUACCAACAUAAUUCACGCUUUUAUCCUCCUAUGUUUGCACAGAUUGUAUUGACUGCUAAUGCUGAAGCUUGCUCCUGCUCCCCGACUACCUUCACUCCGCAGUUUCGCUGAUGGAGGCACACCGGAUCAACGAUGUAGUGGGUAACGGUAUACAGUUCACAACUUCACCCUACGCCAGAUUGGAUCUCGAUCGGUCUUUGUUCACCUUAUCCUUCGUCACUAUUCUCCGGUGUGAAUUAUUGACCGUUUGACUGUCGUUACCGACGAUGUCCACCUAGUGCCUCACAGCAGGGUGCGCGUAAGGACGUGAGUUGCGCGUGAGUUGGUUUGUAGUGGUGGUGGACUUUCCUCCCUCACCCAUCAGAGCCCGGUUUUAAGACAAAGUUUACAAGAAUGGAGGCAGGAUCGGGCGCAAUGGUGGGCAAAGUUUAACAGUCCGCCUGCACAUGCCACACACGCCGGAUCCGCGCACGAUGAGCCAGGAUUUUACGCAAACAAGGAAGGGGGCAACUUGGAUCCCAACAGCGUGGGAAUGCCACAGAGGCCACAUAUAGAAGGCGUCACUGUAGUCUGACUUUCCAUUUGAGAGUACCGACUUAUCCCGUCAACUGGCAGCCUUUGAGCCACGGCUGUUAGUUCACUGUGCUGGUUUAAGUGUUCACCACAUUGCUGACAGUGGCGAAUAUGCGUUGAAUGCCGUAGGGACGGGGUACACAGAGUCGACCUUACUCUCCCUUUCAUAAAUGUGAGGAAUAUCUGAUGCUGUUGGUGAGAUGAAUGCAUGACAGCAAUGUUCUGAAUAUGAGAAUUUAGUAGACAAACUGCCGCCCUCGCAGGAGGCAACCUCGUUUGACUGUAUCCUGUCACCUCGGGUCGUUAUGUCUCCUUACGAGGAUCGCAGCAGUUCUUGCGACUGCUUCCAUUGGACGACUGUUUCACGGUUUUUCACCCAAGGCCUCCUCCUCCUCCUCCUCCUCCUCCUCCUCCUCCUCCUCCCCCCCGUGUGUUCCAGUAGAGUAAAGCGAAAACCCCAACAUUCCCACACUAUCUCUUAGAAUUGCAUCUGCAAGAUCUUUUAUGCAGGUGUUUCUGGAGUGUCGUCAUAGGGUUUUGUAGAUCUUGCUUAAAUUGUCGCACUCUCCACGAGCGGCGUAUUUUGAACCAUCUUACUGCUGUGAUCUAAUCUAACUUUGGCCGAAAACAGAGGGACGCAACCACUGGUUGGAAAAAAGCCGCCAGGUCGACGGAAGAAAUUGGAUCUAAGAAAUAUCGGGGGGGAUUGCCGAGGGUCCCUCUGGUGUUUUGGGCCGUUGCCAACUAGCGGCCAUUCACUGAACAUACGUCGGGGAAACCGUAGUGCUGUGGUCGUGACUCGGCUUGAUAAGUCGAGUACCUGAAAAAUGCCGUAAAAUUGCGACGACGCACUGACUUUUGUCCACUGUGAAAAAGGGCUCCGCUCACCAGCUUUACCUUGAAGUUAUAUUCAGCAAAAGAAACUGCUGCAGUAGGUUUUCACAAACACACGAGACGGCGAACUUGCCGACCUGGUUGUCCGCAAAUUUUCUUGUAUCUCGAUGUAAGCACCGUAGUUGAUGGGUCUGUAGUUAUUUUUGUCUUUGUCGUGGUAUGCCGCACCCUCUCUGUCCUUCGUUGUUGACUGUUACCCAUUCAGCUGCACAUCCUAAUACGUUCGGGCCAUUAAACGCGUAGAAAGCCAACUUGGCUACUGCACCUAUGUUAAUUCUAAACCACAUCGUUAUCAGUCAGGAGACGAAGUUUCGCUGUGGAAACCUCCAUUGAGACACCGGAGCACAACUACAUGACUGCGGCUAUCGCGCCGGAAGGACCAUUUUUCUUAUCCCAUACGGAAGGGAACUCUGGAUUUGUCGAAACAUCUUUUUCUGGUGUCUUCCGCAUUUAUUAUAGCGUACAUGGUAUCGCUGUGGCUGAAUUCAAUCCUGACCCUCUGUCAUCAGCAUAUGCCAUGCGUCUUUACAUGGUAUUGUUUAUGCUUUCUGUUAUCGAUUUGUAUCCCGAAAAUGUUUUUGAAACCGUUUAUUUAUCUUUCUAGGGCGGAGGUCCAGUCACUCAGGCUGUGA